AUGAUUACGUUAAGUACACAAGUAGAUAGCGACAGAAGAUUGUUACAAUUCAAAAGCUACGAAGAAUAUUUAGAUUCUUUGGUAACUCCUAUAGAUUUUUGCUAUUUGAAAAAUACAAAAGUUGCGCGACAAUUGGCAGAACUUGGUUAUCGAUGUACAGGAGAAACUCUUGAUAAAAAUACUUUCUAUCUGCGUCUGCAAACUGUCAAAGAUUUAUUAUACCCAAUUCUUAAGCCAUAUCAUCUUAAUUCUGAAUUUAUACUUCCUUUUGAUCCGCUAAUGCAAGAACUAGCAAUUUGCGAACGCUUUAAUAGACUACACGCACUAUCAACUAUCAUAUUUAUACGUCAUAAUCCACGCCUUCAAGUCGAAGUAUCAGGCUACAUAGAUUUCAGUGAAAGACUUAAAGCAGAAGAUUGGCAGCUAUAUUUCAAAGGAAAAAAGAAGCUUUGGCCUAAAAUUACAGACUUGGCGUACUAUCAUUGGCAAUUAGGAAAAAUGCAAUUAAAUAUUACAUCAAAUUAUGAACCAGUAAUAGAUUCAAAACAUGGUCUUUUAUUUAAAAAUAUUCAUGAUAGAAAAUUAAUUAAUGUCGAUCCAAAGGCGAUUAGGCCUGGCAUAAAUACUACGAGAAUACGCGUAUAUAGCGAUGCGUAUGAACAUGUUAUUUUAUACGAUCAUGUUGUUAGAAGCACUGUUAUUUAAUAG